UCCAUGGUAGCGGAUGAUUGACGGGCGAAGAGGAAGCAGCGCGGGAGUCAUGGGGGGCUCGGCCAGCCUGCUGCCACGGGAGGCCCUGAGCGAGUACCAGGAGCUGACGUUCCUGAGCAAGCAGGAGAUCGUGCUUGCCUACAAGAGGUUCCGUGAACUGCUGCCAAGGGAGGAGAGGGAGAAUGCCUUUUCUGCACGCGUUCCCAAGAGCCAGAUCCUGACGCUGCCGGAGCUGCGGGCAAACCCCUUCCAGCACAGGAUCUGCCGGGUGUUCUCCACUUCAGACGACGACAGUAUGUCCUUUGAAGACUUCCUUGACAUGCUGAGUGUCUUCAGUGACUCUGCUACCUCCGACAUCAAAUCCCACUAUGCCUUCCGCAUCUUUGACUUUGAUGACGAUGGGACUCUGGACAGAAAGGACCUGGAGAAACUGGUGAACUGCCUGACAGGGCAAGGCGAGGAGUGCCGGCUGAGUGAUGAGGAGAUGGAGCAGCUCAUCCAAAAUAUCCUGGAGGAGUCUGACAUUGACAAGGAUGGCACCAUCAACCUCUCCGAGUUCCAGCAUGUCAUCUCCCGCUCCCCAGACUUUGCCGGCUCCUUCAAGAUUGUCCUGUGAGAGUCCUGCAGCUCUCUGGUAGAACUGCUCUGGCUGCUGCAGCUCUUCGUGGUCUCAGACAUUUCCUCUUCCAGCAGUAUGGCAGAGGCUGCUACUCCUCACCAGCAUGGCUGUGCCGCAGUGCCUUGGGCAGGACGCCCCUGGCCUCACAGAGGUGGGCUCAGGGCAGCUGCCAUGUCUGCAGCCCCUCUGCUCUCCCAGGAUUGGAUUUUAGUGCCUUACACAAACCCUGUGCAGCACU